UGACAAGGAGAGUUUAUGGGAAUCUUGGCCUAUAAAACCUCAGCCAUGCAUGCAAUUACCCAAUCACACUAUCAUCAACUUCCACAAUAUUCCUAGCUGAGGUACAACUUAGUACGUACCAUGGCUUCUACCCUGUCCUUAGUCUUGGUCUUGGUCUUUGGAAUAUUUUUAGCUUCUCAAUUAGCUUCCUCUCGCCUUAACAACGAGGAAUCUUCCAUGGUAGAAAGACACCAGCAAUGGAUGUCUCGCCACGGACGGAUCUACAAGGAUGAACAAGAGAAGGGCGCCCGGUUUAAGAUAUUCAAGGACAACGUGAACCGUAUUAACGCGUUCAAUUCCGGUCCGGACAAAGGAUACAAGCUGGGUGUGAACCAAUUUGCUGACCUGACCAGCGAGGAGUUUCAGGCUUCUCAUACUGGUUACAAGAGGCUGGAAUCACCUAGUAAAGUGAUUUCUGGUUCAGAACAAUUAUCUUUUCGGUACGCAAAUGUAACUGUUGAAUCGUCUGAUGUGGAUUGGCGAGAGAAAGGCGCAGUUACUGACGUCAAGAAUCAAGGCAGAUGUGGAUCUUGUUGGGCGUUUUCAGCUGUGGCAGCUGUGGAAGGUAUUAACCAACUCAAAACCGGUAAUCUAGUAUCCCUAUCCGAGCAAGAGCUGGUUGACUGCGACAAUCAAGGAGAAAACCAGGGUUGUAACGGCGGUAGUAUAGUUGCUGCCUUCGAAUUCAUCAAGCAAAACCAAGGUCUCUCGACAGAAGCCAAUUACCCUUACGUGGGACAAGAAGGAACUUGCAAAAGCGAGAAUUUAUACGAGUCUACUGCAAUGAUAACCGGAUAUGAAGACGUGUCAACGAACAGCGAGCAGGCUUUGCUUAAAGCCGUGUCCAAUCAACCGGUAUCCGUUGCCAUCGAGAGCGGUGGCGGCGACUUCCAGUUCUACUCGAGCGGUGUCUUCAGUGGGACAUGCGGCACGAGGCUUGACCAUGCUGUGACCGUGGUUGGAUAUGGGACUACUACUGAUGGGACUAAGUAUUGGUUGGUUAAGAAUUCGUGGGGCUCUGGAUGGGGUGAGAAUGGGUAUGUGAAGAUGGAAAGAGAUGUGGCUGCCGAGGAAGGCCUCUGUGGGAUUGCUAUGAAAGCUUCUUACCCAAUUAUGUGAAAUAUUACUACUACUCCGUCCUAAAAUGUUUGUCCCGUCUGCAAAACAAGAACUUAAAAAUAAUAUAAUAAAUUAGCUUGUGCAUAUAUAGUUUGCACAAGCUUUGUCUCUAUGUAUCGAUAUCGCUCGACAAGAAAAUGUAUUACUAUUUGAUAGUGGAAGUGUGAUAAUGAUAUGUGUUCUUACAA